AUGAGGCCGCCGCUCCCGGCGAGGGCGCUCCGCUGUCGUCCGGAGCAGUCGCGCGCCGCCGGGGCCCCUCUAGCCGCGGGGAGGUGGCGCGAUGCGAGUCGGGAAGGCGGCGGGUGGGUGCGGCCCUCAGCGGCGGAGGGCGCCAUGGUGGGUGGCGAGGCGGCUGCCGCGGUGGAGAAGCUAGUUUCGGGGGUGCGGCAGGCGGCCGACUUCGCGGAGCAGUUCCGCUCUUACUCGGAGAGUGAGAAGCAAUGGAAGGCUCGCAUGGAAUUCAUUUUGCGCCACUUGCCCGACUAUCGCGACCCGCCCGAUGGCGGUGGCCGCCUGGACCAGCUGCUGUCCCUCUCCAUGGUGUGGGCCAACCACCUCUUCCUGGGUUGCAGUUACAACAAAGACCUUUUAGACAAAGUGAUGGAAAUGGCUGAUGGGAUUGAAGUGGAAGACCUGCCACAAUUUACUACCAGAAGUGAAUUAAUGAAAAAGCAUCAGAGCUGAGGCAGAAGAUUCAUCACAUUUUCACCAUCAGCUACAGGCUUAGGAAGGAGGCUGGGAUGAAUGUGACAUGGACCACAGCAGCUCUCUUAAGAUUCCUGGUAUUUCCAACAUGUAGGAAAGAGGAGGAAAGUUGGAAUGACAGUCUUGUCUAGAUUGGAAUUUUAAAAGGUCCAUUCUUCCAGUACCUAUCAUUGUAAAAGUGUGCAUGGAUAUUUAUGUAUUUAUAAAUCAUGCCCUUUUUUUCACUUUUUGAAUGUCAAAUUUUUUGUUAAAAAUGUUUGUUUUUUUUUAAUGUUGUAAUAAUUGCAGGUAGUGAGUUUUACAAUUUGGACUAUUCAA